AACAACGAAGUCACAGGGGCGAGACAGGAGAUGGCGGAUCUCUUCCCUCCCAGAUCUCCAACCGAUAUCUUUGGAGAUCCGAUCGAUUCUCAACCUCUCUGGUUCAAGAAAGAUGCAUUCCUGCAAGAGAAUUUCGAUUCAGAGACCUACAUAGCAGAUCUCAGGACAUUCGUUCCCUUCGAUAAUCUUCGAUCGGAGCUCCACUCACAUCUAUCAUCUCUCAAACACGAGCUCGUAGAGCUCAUCAAUCGUGACUAUGGAGAUUUCGUGAAUCUGAGCACCAAGCUCGUCGAUGUCGAUGCCGCAAUCUUGCGGAUGAGAGCUCCUCUGACGGAGCUACGUGAGAAGAUCUCGCAGUUUAGGACGAGUGUCGAGUCUUCCUUUGCUUCCUUGCAGAAUGGUUUGCGUCAGAGAGCGGAGGCGUCGGCUGCUAGAGAGAUCUUGGAGCUUCUGCUUGAUACAUUUCAUGUCGUGUCAAAGGUUGAGAAACUUAUAAAGGAGUUGCCUACUGAUUUGUCAAAUGGAGACUUAACGUCCACGGACAAAGUUUCUAUCUCCAAUGGACAUGCCGUGAAUGGAACAAAUCUAAGAGAGACUCAAAGCAUACUUCUGGAGAGGAUCGCCAGUGAGAUGAACCGACUGAAGUUCUACAUGGCUCAUGCACAGAACCUCCCCUUCAUUGAGAAUAUGGAGAAGAGGAUUCAGAGUGCAAGCUCAUUAUUAGAUGCUAGCUUGGGGCGUUGUUUUGUAGAUGCACUGGAAAAUCAAGAUUCAAAUUCAAUUUACAAUUGCUUGCGUGCAUAUGCGGCAAUUGAUAACACCAAUGGUGCGGAAGAAAUUUUUCGCACCACUAUUGUUUCUCCACUGAUUCAGAAAGUUAUUCCCCAUGGUUCUUCAGAGGCUGUGGUUGGGUCACUGGGUGGUGAACUUGAGGAAGAUUAUCGACAAAUCAUGCAAUAUAUUGAUAAGGACUGCAAAUUUUUGUUGGAAAUUUCAUCCUCAGCAAAUUCAGGUCUUCAUGUUUUUGACUUCUUGGCAAAUUCAAUACUUAAAGAGGUCCUUUUAUCUAUUCAAAAGGGAAAACCAGGGGCAUUCUCACCUGGAAGACCUACAGAGUUCCUGAGAAAUUACAAAUCAAGCCUAGGUUUCCUAGUUUAUCUUGAAGGUUCCUGUCCCUCCAGAUCUGCAAUUGCAAAAUUUCGAACAGAGGCCGUCUAUAUUGAGUUCAUGAAACAGUGGAAUAUUGGGGUUUACUUCUCCUUGAGGUUUCAGGAGAUAGCUGGAGCUUUGGAUUCUGCACUUAUGGUGACUUCUCUUACCCCAGUCUCUAAUGAAGGGAAUCCUCAGGAGUUAACAUUAAAGCAAAGUGUUACCCUCUUGGAGAGCUUGAGAUCUUGCUGGAGAGAAGAUGUUCUUGUUCUUCCCUGCUCUGACAAGUUUCAUCGUUUAUCUUUGCAGCUCCUAGCAAGGUAUUCAACUUGGUUGUCUUUGGGAUUGGCUGCUCGAAAAGCGGGUAAUGCAGGGUCCAAUCCUGGAUCUGAAUGGGCUAUUUCUGCAAUCCCUGAAGACUUCAUUUUUGUAAUGCAUGAUAUUGAUUAUCUAGUGAAUGAGCUUAGCAAUGAUUUUCUUGACCAUGUACUUCAGCUUUUAGCUUCAUGUUCCACUGAAGUACUUGAUCUAGUAAAGCAGAGCAUUUUACAGUGUGGGAAGUCUUUGAAAGAUUUAUUACCAUUAAUAAUGAAUACCAUGAUAGAGGCUCUUGUCGAGAAAUCAGUUGAGGACUUGAGGCAGCUGAAGGGAAUAACUGCAACAUAUAGGAUGACAAAUAAACCUCUUCCUGUAAGGCAUUCACCUUAUGUAUCUGGGGUCCUGCGACCUUUAAAGUCUUUCCUUGAUGGAGAGAGAGCCUCCACAUAUCUGACAAAAGAAGCAAGAAAAAAACUGCUUCAAGGUGCUGCAACAGAAAUUACUGGUCGAUACCAUGAGAUGGCUGCUGAUCUUGUCAAUGUGGCGAGGAAAACCGAAACAUCGUUGCAGAGGAUACGACAGGGUGCACAGAGACGAGCAGGAGCGAGCUCUGAUGUCUCAGAUCAGAACGUCUCUGACACAGACAAAAUCUGUAUGCAGUUAUUUCUUGAUGUUCAGGAAUAUGGGCGCAACCUUGCUGCUAUUGGUGUUGCCGCAGCUGACAUCUCGGCAUACCGUUCCUUGUGGCAGUGUGUUGCCCCUUCGGACAGACAAACGACAAUCAAGUUCUAAUGCGGAAUUCACAAAACAUCACGGUAGCUUAAAAGUUUUUCACACAUAUAUUUUCCUUUCACAAUAUCUUGUAGCUUCUAUUGAUUUCCAUUGUGAAUAUCCCAGUGGUUUUUAAUUGAUUUAUUUUUUUCUCUCCAUUCUUCCUCAUCAAUUCAGCAACGAUGUUAAUUGUACCAGGCUUUAGUCCUUAUACUUCUUGCUGUUGGCUCGGUCUGGCAA